CCCGCCAGUUGAGGAGGACGGAUCUGACGCAACUUCCGCCAGCCGCUUACCGCCUUUGUGAAUGGGAUUUGUAGUUUUUCUUUCUAAACAGUCCGCUAGACGUACGUGUCCCCGGGAAUUUCUAAAAACUACAUUUCCCAUUCUAAACAGUGCAGCGUGACAGAUAGAAGCAUGGCAGCCUCUACUGCAGCCGCAAGUGAACUUCUGUGUCAUUUUAAUAAACAAAUGCCUCGUCUGUAUCAUAUUUCUUUAUGUAUAUGCAGGAGAAUAAGCUCAUCAGCUGCAAAAUGCGCCAGUCAACCACAAGCGAAGCCAAAAAGCUCUCCCCUAGAGCUGGUGGGUGUCGUGGGAUUAGAGAUCCACGCUCAGAUUCGCGCCAACACCAAACUGUUCUCUGCCUCACCCAUGCGCUUCUCUGCUCCCCCAAACUCCCUGGUCUCGUUCUUUGAUGCAUCUUUACCUGGCACAUUACCUGUCCUCAACAAGCGAUGCGUGGAGGCAGCAGUUAUGACAGGUCUGGCUCUUCACUGCACCAUCAACCGAAGGUCCCUGUUUGACCGAAAACACUACUUCUAUGCCGACCUCCCCGCUGGAUAUCAGAUUACACAGCAGAGGUGCCCCAUUGCGGUGGAUGGGGUGUUACAUUACAACCUGAUGGGAGGAAAGAAGAAGAACCAGGUGGUCAGAAAAAGUGUACGCAUCAAACAGAUUCAGCUGGAGCAGGACAGUGGCAAGAGUCUCCAUGACGACCUGCGGAGUCAGACCCUCAUAGACCUCAACAGAGCAGGUGUAGGUCUAAUGGAGCUGGUGAUGGAGCCGGACAUGAGCUGUGGGGAGGAAGCCUCUGCUGCAGUGCGAGAGCUGCAGCUCAUCCUACAGGCUUUGGGAACCUGUGAAGGGAACAUGUCUGAGGGCCAGCUCAGAGUGGACGCCAACGUGUCUGUGCACCGACCUGGAGAACCCUUUGGCGUCAGGACGGAGGUGAAGAACAUCAACAGUGCACGAUACCUGGCUCGAGCCAUCGACUAUGAAAUCCAGAGGCAGAUCCAAGUGCUGGAGAGGGGAGGCACGGUGCAGAAUGAAACCCGAGCAUACGACUCCAAAGCUGGGGAGACCAUCCCCAUGAGAGACAAGGAGGGCCUUCAGGACUACAGGUUCAUGCCAGAGCCUAACCUUCCUCCUCUGAUGGUUUAUGAGGACCGAGCCUCGAUGCCCGCUGGUCUGGACCUGUGCCAAGCCGUGGUGGUGCAGGAGAUCAGAGACGCGCUGCCCGAGCUGCCCAGUGUGACCCGGGACAGACUGGUGCACACCUACAGCAUCCUGCCAGAGCACAGUUUUACAUUAGUGAAUGAGGACGGUCUGGUGGAGUAUUUUGAGGCUGUGAUGGGGCAGACCAAAAUGAACGCACGGAAGGUGAUUGGCUGGGUGACAAAGGAGCUGCUGGGUCAGCUCAAGCAGAAGGACCAAAGUGUGAGCCAGAGCCCUAUCUCUCCAUCUGCGCUGGCCGAAUUGCUGGAACUUCAGGAAAACGGGCACAUUUCCUCCUCGGUCGCUAAGCAGGUGUUCCAGGAGAUGUGGGGGUCACCGGGAAGGAGGGCGCAGGACAUCAUCGAGGAGAAGGACUUGGGACUCGUUAGUGACACCGAGAAAAUACACAGCAUCUGCCAGAAGAUAGUGGACUCACACCCAGAGGAGGUCAAUGCCAUCCGAAAUGGGAACAAAAAAGUGCUUAACAAACUGAUGGGUCUGGUGCAGAAGGAGACCAAAGGACGAGCCGACCCUGUUCUGGUGCGGGCCAUUCUACAGGACAAGACUUCAUAAACUCACUGUGUCACGUUCAACUGCAUUUAGGCUCCAUAGCUGCAAAAGAGGGGCAGCUAGGAGGGGUUUUGGUGUUCAUUUUCAGUUCAGAUCAGCAGUCUAUGCGCCUCUGUGGGGCUGGAGAGGGGAGCUGGUAAGGGAGGGUUUGGCCACGGUUGAGCGGUGGAAAAGAGCCACUUGGGAGCUAGUGUUGGAAUACAGAUUGGAACAGUGUGGAAAAUCUACUGCAGCUAAAAAGUUUGAAUUCAAAACUGUGGAUGUGAUUAGAAUAUUAUCCUGAGUGUAUUAUCACCAGGGGGAUUUGUAAAGAACUGCUACACCUUACAAGAUGAGGAGAACAACAUGGCUGGAUUUCUGUUUUGUGACAACAUUUAUCAAGGGAAAUGAGACAUGAGACUUUUUUUUUAUACAGUUAAUAUGCAAACCUAGUUGUUGUGUAAGAAAAAGAUCAUUUUGUUAAUAUUUUAAAAGAAAUGUUAAAUUAUGAAUAUUUAACUCUAUACACAUGUUGUUGUCUUUAUUCAACAUGUUUGCAUUUAGUUGAUCUGCAACCAGAUGAUGUAGAUGUGAUGGAUGGUUACUCUUCAAGGUAAGGGGCUGGUUAAGAGUAAUCAGUAGUCUAAUUAGUAUAACAUCUUAAGACCAUCAUUUGGUGUGACCCUCCUAUGGCUCAUAUUUGUUAAGUAAGGUUACAGUCACUUAUGGCAAUAGUAACAGAGGAUAAAUAAAUAAUGAAUGAUGUGGUAUGAAUUAUCAAAUACGACCACCAUAUGCUUAUAUUGUGUGCAUUUGGAGCAGUAAGUACAUUUGUUACUCACUUACGUCGACAUUAAGUAUGCAGAUUACCAUCAAAGAUGCUCUAAUGUUCCAUGUAAAUUGAAUGUCUUCUUGUAACAGAAGAGAAUGAGAUUUCACUAUUGAUUUUUUAAAACACAUUAGCGUAUAAUUAGGCUACACCUAGUGUGUCUCUGACUUUGUGUAGCUGCCAUAGUCAUUACGGGACAGGCCUAAACAAUGAUGGGAGACAGCAGGCGUGAUAGUCGCCCAGUCCAGACAGCUGUUUACAGGUGUUCCAUACUUUCAUGUAAGAAAAAUAAAUAAACUGCCUUUUAAUCAGUUAAUUGAAUGAGUACUGAAACAAUGUUUUCUUAACAAUUGCACAAGUACCUGACCCACAAAAGCCAUAUUUGACAGGGGACAGGGAUAGGUUAGCAACACAUACCUGGAGCUGACCUUGAAAUUGCCAUAGGCCAUGCACAAGGUAAAAGCUUUUUGGUGACUGUUUGCUCAAUUAUUAUCUCACCAUCUCACCUUGGCACAUGUAUUCACUGACAUUUUGAGGUUCAAAAUUUUUUUAUUUAAAAAAAAGAGAGAGAGAAGUCUUUAUCUUUGUUGUAAGAAAAUAAAGAUUUAAAAUACAAA